UUUCACCUCUGACGGAGACAGAGUCCUGUCACCAUGAAUGCAAGUGAAUUCCGAAGGAGAGGGAAAGAGAUGGUGGAUUAUGUGGCCAACUACAUGGAAGGCAUCGAGGGACGCCAGGUCUACCCUGAUGUGAAGCCUGGUUACCUGCGGCCCCUGAUCCCUGCUGCCGCGCCCCAGGAACCAGAUACCUUUGAGGACAUCAUCAGCGACAUCGAGAAGAUAAUCAUGCCAGGCGUGACCCACUGGCACAGUCCCUAUUUCUUUGCCUACUUCCCCACGGCCAGCUCGUACCCAGCCAUGCUCGCAGACAUGCUGUGCGGAGCCAUCGGCUGCAUCGGCUUCUCCUGGGCCGCAAGCCCGGCGUGCACAGAGCUGGAGACCGUGAUGAUGGACUGGCUUGGGAAGAUGCUGGAGCUGCCUGAGUCGUUUCUGGCUGGGAACACCGGAGACGGGGGAGGAGUGAUCCAGGGAAGUGCCAGUGAAGCUACCCUUGUGGCCCUGCUGGCCGCUCGAACCAAAGUGACCAGUCGGCUGCAGGCAGCCUCCCCAGAGCUGACGCAGGCCAGCAUCAUGGAGAAGCUGGUAGCCUACUCAUCCGAUCAGGCACACUCCUCAGUGGAAAGAGCUGGAUUAAUUGGUGGAGUGAAACUGAAAUCCAUCCCGUCCGAUGGCAACUUUGCCAUGCGUGCUUCCGCCCUGCAGGAGGCCCUGGAGCGAGACAAGGCGGCCGGCCUCAUUCCGUUCUUCGUGGUGGCUACACUGGGGACCACAUCGUGCUGUUCCUUUGACAAUCUCCUAGAGGUGGGUCCUCUCUGCAACAAGGAGGACAUGUGGCUACACAUCGAUGCUGCUUACGCAGGCAGCGCCUUCAUCUGCCCUGAGUUCCGGCAUCUUCUGAAUGGAGUGGAGUUUGCAAAUUCAUUCAACUUUAAUCCCCACAAGUGGCUU